AUGGGCACCCUGCGGGAUUUACAGUACGCGCUCCAGGAGAAGAUCGAGGAGCUGAGGCAGCGGGAUGCUCUCAUCGACGAGCUGGAGCUGGAGUUGGAUCAGAAGGACGAACUGAUCCAGAAGCUGCAGAACGAGCUGGACAAGUACCGCUCGGUGAUCCGGCCGGCCACCCAGCAGGCGCAGAAGCAGAGCGCGAGCACCUUGCAAGGCGAGCCGCGCACCAAGCGGCAGGCGAUCUCCGCUGAGCCCACCGCCUUUGACAUCCAGGAUCUCAGCCAUGUGACCCUGCCCUUCUACCCCAAGAGUCCACAGUCCAAGGAUCUCAUAAAGGAGGCCAUCCUUGACAAUGACUUUAUGAAGAACUUGGAGCUGUCACAGAUCCAAGAGAUUGUGGAUUGUAUGUACCCAGUGGAGUACGGCAAAGACAGCUGCAUCAUCAAAGAAGGAGAUGUGGGGUCACUGGUGUAUGUCAUGGAAGAUGGUAAGGUUGAAGUUACAAAAGAAGGCGUGAAGCUGUGCACCAUGGGUCCUGGAAAAGUGUUUGGAGAGUUGGCUAUCCUUUACAACUGUACCCGGACGGCGACCGUCAAAACUCUUGUAAAUGUGAAACUCUGGGCCAUUGAUCGACAAUGUUUUCAGACGAUAAUGAUGAGGACAGGACUUAUCAAGCAUACCGAGUAUAUGGAAUUUUUAAAAAGCGUUCCAACAUUCCAGAGCCUUCCUGAAGAGAUCCUCAGUAAGCUUGCUGACGUCCUUGAAGAGACCCACUAUGAAAAUGGGGAAUAUAUCAUCAGGCAAGGUGCAAGAGGAGACACCUUCUUUAUCAUCAGUAAAGGAAAGGUUAAUGUCACUCGUGAAGACUCACCAAAUGAAGAACCAGUCUUUCUUAGAACCUUAGGAAAAGGAGAUUGGUUUGGAGAGAAAGCCUUGCAGGGGGAAGAUGUGAGAACAGCAAACGUAAUUGCAGCAGAAGCUGUAACCUGCCUUGUGAUCGACAGAGACUCUUUUAAACAUUUGAUUGGAGGAUUAGAUGAUGUUUCUAAUAAAGCAUAUGAAGAUGCAGAAGCUAAAGCAAAGGCUACCCAGAUGUCCCCUAGGAAGAAAAUGGUCAAAGACAGAUAUGAAGCUGAAGCUGCUUUCUUCGCCAACCUGAAGCUGUCUGAUUUCAACAUCAUUGACACCCUUGGAGUUGGAGGUUUCGGACGAGUAGAACUGGUCCAGUUAAAAAGUGAAGAAUCCAAAACCUUUGCAAUGAAGAUUCUCAAGAAACGCCACAUCGUGGACACAAGACAGCAGGAACACAUCCGCUCGGAGAAGCAGAUCAUGCAGGGGGCUCAUUCUGACUUCAUAGUGAGAUUAUACAGAACAUUUAAGGACAGCAAAUAUUUGUAUAUGUUGAUGGAAGCUUGCCUAGGUGGAGAGCUCUGGACCAUUCUCAGGGAUCGGGGGUCGUUUGAAGAUUCUACAACCAGAUUUUAUACAGCAUGUGUGGUAGAAGCUUUUGCCUAUCUGCAUUCCAAAGGAAUCAUUUACAGGGACCUCAAGCCUGAAAAUCUGAUCCUAGAUCACCGAGGUUAUGCCAAACUGGUUGAUUUUGGCUUUGCAAAGAAAAUAGGAUUUGGAAAGAAAACAUGGACUUUUUGUGGGACUCCAGAAUAUGUGGCCCCAGAGAUCAUCCUGAACAAAGGCCAUGACAUCUCAGCCGACUAUUGGUCACUGGGAAUCCUCAUGUACGAGCUUCUGACUGGCAGCCCACCUUUCUCAGGCCCAGAUCCUAUGAAAACCUAUAACAUCAUAUUGAGGGGGAUUGACAUGAUAGAAUUUCCAAAGAAGAUUGCCAAAAAUGCUGCUAAUUUAAUUAAAAAACUGUGCAGGGAUAAUCCAUCAGAAAGAUUAGGGAAUUUGAAAAACGGAGUGAAAGACAUUCAAAAGCACAAAUGGUUUGAGGGCUUUAACUGGGAAGGCUUAAGAAAAGGCACCUUGACACCUCCUAUAAUACCAAGUGUGGCAUCACCCACAGACACAAGCAAUUUUGACAGUUUCCCUGAGGACAAUGACGAACCACCACCUGAUGACAACUCGGGAUGGGACAUAGACUUCUAA